AUCUAUUGAUUUGGAGUGAGCUUAGGAUUUCGUAAAGCUACCAAUAAAGCUAUAUGGAGGUUAUAUUCUAUUUCUAAACGGCUCCUUCCUUGGCUGCAAUUUUCUUUGCUUCUCCACCAGUGCAACAUGAAUGUAUCCCUCAAGCUAUCUUGGGCAUGGAUGUUAUCUGCCAAGCAAAAUCUGGUAUGGGGAAGACUGCUGUCUUUGUGCUUUCGACUCUUCAACAGAUUGAGCCGUCUCCUGGCCAGGUGUCUGCACUUAUCUUGUGUCAUACAAGGGAGUUAGCUUACCAGAUCUGCAAUGAAUUUGUGCGAUUCAGUACGUAUCUGCCCGAUACAAAGGUUUCAGUGUUCUAUGGAGGAGUCAACAAUAAAAUUCACAAAGAAUUGCUGAAGAAUGAAUGCCCUCACAUUGUUGUUGGAACACCUGGUCGGGUCCUUGGACUCGCCAGGGACAAAGAUCUCUCUUUGAAGAAUGUGAGGCAUUUUAUUCUUGACGAGUGUGAUAAAAUGCUCGAGUCUCUCGACAUGCGGAGGGACGUGCAGGAGAUUUUCAAGAUGACACCUCACGACAAACAAGUCAUGAUGUUCUCAGCAACGCUCAGCAAAGAGAUACGCCCAGUCUGCAAGAAAUUUAUGCAAGAUCCAAUGGAAAUAUAUGUUGAUGAUGAAGCCAAACUGACUCUUCAUGGGCUUGUCCAGCACUACAUCAAACUGAGCGAGAUGGAGAAGAACCGCAAGUUGAAUGAUCUUCUUGACGCAUUGGACUUCAAUCAAGUUGUCAUAUUUGUGAAGAGCGUUAGCAGAGCUGGGGAGCUGAACAAGUUGCUUAUUGAAUGCAAUUUCCCCUCAAUAUGCAUUCACUCUGGCAUGUCCCAGGAAGAGAGGCUGACUCACUACAAAAGUUUCAAGGAAGGACACAAGAGAAUUCUGGUGGCUACGGACUUGGUAGGGAGAGGCAUUGACAUUGAGCGUGUUAACAUUGUUAUCAACUACGACAUGCCAGAUUCUGCUGAUACAUAUCUCCACAGGGUCGGUAGAGCUGGUAGGUUUGGAACAAAGGGUCUUGCGAUCACAUUUGUGGCAUCAGCUUCAGAUUCUGAAGUUCUUAAUCAGGUGCAAGCCAGGUUUGAGGUUGAUAUAAAGGAACUUCCUGAGCAGAUUGAUACUUCCACAUACAUGCCCUCUUAAAGUAGAAUCGUCUCUCAGCAAGAACUUCAGGUUACAACAGGCGUCAGAGAGCUUUGCAACUAUCGUCAAACAUCAUCCCCUCUAAAUUUCUAUCUUUGUUGUUUUCUUUCUGGACAAAUUUUCAUUUAGACCGUUUGUACCUCUUCGGUAAAAGAGAUCGAGUUGCUCGCCAAAGCGCAAUGUUAGAUUAUGUCGUGUUUGUACAAUAUUUACUAUAUUCGAGUAUUUCAGGAUUAUAUUGUCUUUGAACCAAGA